CGCGAGAGAAUCGGGGACGUGUCUGCCAGGGCGAACAUUGGACUGCGUGCCGUCAAUCACUUCACUCGCAUGUUUUGAUUCCUGAAAGUUAGUGUCAGUGCGUCUGUCAGUGGACUAGCUGUAAAAUGUCCACUUUAACGCAACCUGCCAAUGACCAGUAUGCUUUCCGUCGACGUGAGUUUGAAGAGCUGCCGUCAGAAAACCAGAGAAGAUGGCAAACCCCUCCACACGUCCACGGUCCGAGGCAGACGGCACAGCACCAGCGACACCGGGUAGACGGCAGCCAGACCCGACCCGGACCUCCCACCGAGCCCGGCGCCAGGUGGCCCCACGUGGACGACCCCACCACCAGAGAGCCGCGGCUGGACGACUGCGAGCGCAUGGGGACUCUGUUUGGGAUGCUCAACAAGGGUCUGCGGGGGAUGGGCUUCAGCCAGAUGUACUUUGGGGACAAGAUCGUGGAACCCGUAGUGAUAGUGUUCUUCUGGCUGCUGCUCUGGUUCCUGGGUAUCCAGGCCCUAGGACUAGUGGGAACCCUGUGCAUCAUCAUCAUCUACAUCCAGAAGUAAAUGAGAGCGGACGAGCCCAGUGGAAGCCCGCUGUUUUCUUUGUUUAACGCUUACGUACACGGGACUCAUUUCACGCUCAUCUGGAUUGGAAUCUGCAGUGAGGCUGUGUUUUAGAAGAGGAGAAGGUGGAGAGGCCGGUGCUGCUCUAGUGUUGGGGGGGGGGGGGGGGCUUUAAAGGGCCUCUAUAAACGGUUUGAAGCUUGUUCUGUCGGAGGAAGUCCGAGCAGCCAUGUCCAUCCUUCAGGAUUGUCUGGUCUGUAGCGUCUCCCUCAGGACAAGGGGUUAGAUUAGAUUAGAUAAUACUUCAUUCUUCCCAUAAUGGGCCAAAGCACUCGUUACAGCAGCAGUUUUCUAACGUAAAAACAAACCCACAAACAGACAAUGGGCAAGAAGUACUGAAAGAAUGGAAAGUGGCUUUAAUAUAAAAGGUAUUGUAAAGUAAAGUGAGGUGGCCAUACUACAAAAAAUAUUGCAACGUAAGUAA